AUGUCAGUCUCUCUAUUCAGCCUCGGCCUUUGUGGCAUUAAAGACAGACCUCAUAAGAUGUACUUAGCCCCAUCCCCCACCGACUCAGAGCCUGAGGGCUGGCUCCUCGACACCCUGAUGGGGACAGACGCCCAGGUGGCGGACCAGGAGUUCUGGCAGAGUGACAAUACUCUGGACUCCGGAGGGCCUUUGGAGUAUCGAACAUUAUUUGACUGCAGAGGUUUCAUUUUUAACAUCGGCCAGGCAAACGACCACAGUCCGAGCUGUCUCCAGGCUCCCAGACCUACCACUUUGCCGUUAUCUCCGUCUCCGGAACAACUGGCUACUCUGCUACGCCCCAGCUCUCCGGGGGACCGUCACCUCGCCGCGGUGUUGCGCACGCCCCUGCCUUGCCCCAGCCUGGCGCUGCUCAGGUGUGUGGAGGUGGAUCCGGGGACGGCAGAGGCAGAGUUGGCGGCGCCCCGGGGGCAGUUCCUGAAGGCGGCGUCCAACUUACACUCUCGUUUAGUCGACCUCGACUCUGAAAAUAGCUGUCUGCUGCACCAAGGCAUUCUACUGAGAGUGGACUUUCAGGAACUCCUAGCCACGACCGACUACCUGGUAACCCAAGCAAGACGUCUCCACCAGGAUCUUCAGGACGUACUCUACCUCAACGACCUGCUCUGGAUGCUGAGAGGACGACUAGAGCGGGUGUCCAAGAGACGGUGGCCUUUCCUAGAGGGUCACGUACCUCUUGGAGUCCGAGAAGAAGCGAACCUGGUCGUCUGAUGGUGUAGAUUCUAGGCUAAGUCAAAACAUAUUUUAAUGCUUAUGUGUUUUAGUGCAGACAUUUGUGUUUCAUUGGGAGGUGUGAGAAAAUAUCGGAGAUUUUUGGAUAAGUGAAGUUUUGCAUAGUAUUUUCUUCACUUAAGAGCCUUGGAUAAUUCCAGGUGGGCUCUGUGCGAAAACAUUGAAUACUGUAAUUCCUAAUGCAGAUAUACUGACGAAUUGUAAUUUUGUCUUUCAGUAAAGAAGA